AUGGGUGAGCCAGGCGUGCAGAUCGAUGCAGCUGGCUUUUGCUCUGUCGUGAAUGACAUGACUUCCAGUAUUGCGUCUGUUCGCAGUGUCAUCAACGGUCUACGCCAGCAGGACAACCUGAACACGACGGAUGGAAUUUCUCUACUGUCCGUCAAACACCAUCUUCUACUGUCCUACCUACAGUCUCUCCUGCUUGUCUCAUCUCACUGUGCAAUUGGUCAUACUCUCACCGAAAGAGCGCCACCAGCGGAAGCCUUCAGCCACCUAGAUCGUUCCCAACGCGGCACCGAUGCUGGUGAUUUGGUGGACUCGAUGGUCGAAACCCGAGUAGUACUUGAAAAAGUAAAAACACUCGAGAGUCGACUUCGCUAUCAAAUCGAGAAGCUUGUACGGACUGCUCAGGAACCAGAGAAGACAACCUCCGCUGUCGCUGAGGGUAGGUUUCUUUCCGUCUCUACGCUCAUGCCUCACGCAGCCUCAGAUCCCCUUGCUUUUCGACCCAACCCACAAAAUCUGGUUGACAAUGACGGUGAUGAUUCAGAUACAUCAGUCAAAGAUGAUUCUGCCCACAACGUCGACGAUGGAAUCUAUCGACCUCCCCGGCUUGCGCCUGUUCCCUAUACUGGAGGGGCCAAAUCCAAGUCACGAGAUCGGCGCGCUCCUGUACCCACUGCGUUACGAAGUCUUCAAGACCCAUCGCUUCCUCAUAUGGAGACUACCACUGGAUUAGGAACAACCCCAUCGUUACUUUCGGGUCGCGCCAAUUACUUGAAGCGGCUCGAGGCCUAUGAAGAAGAGAAUUUCGGACGAGUGGUGUUGGGUAAAAACAAGGAUCGCCAACGCCGACGAGACGAAGAGGACUUAGCCCUCGGUGCUGAAUUAGGCGGGGCAAGGGGUGUUGGGAAGAACAGACGUCGUGGUGGCUUGGAAGACGAGUUUGGAGAUGUAUUGCGCAGUGUCGAGCGUGGUACCCGUGUUUCACAGAUGGGGGAUGGCUACGACGAAUUGCGGAAGAGCGGGCGCAAAAAGAAUGCUUUUGAACGCGCCAAAGUCAACGUUCGAGCAAGAGAGGAUGGCGGUGAUGAUGAUCAGGAACCAGACAGAAUGCGCAAGAAAACCCGUUUCGAGCAGGAUCGUAGAAAGCUCCAACGACGCACGAAAAAGAAAUAG